CUUCAGUCCUCUUCCUGGGGCCCAGCCACUCUGCUACCCCGCCCCCCCCUCGUUUCCGCAUUCAUCCUUCAGUGGCUGGGCUGAAGUUGCAGGGAGAGGAGAGGAAAGAAGCCAGAAAGAGGUGCGGGAAAAGCGAAAACAGGCUGCCAAACCAGGGCAUUCCUUCCAAGUUAAAAAAGGAAGUCUGCUGACGUUAGCUACAUUUAACCUCCUCUCGUGUGUAACAUUUGACUUUGGGAACAAAAAUGAACUUUGCGGAGGGAGAAGACUCGAAGAGAUACUGCAUCAAAACGAAACAUGUGGCCAUCAUCUGUGCGGUGGUGGUGGGUGUAGGGCUGAUAGUAGGACUUUCUGUUGGCUUGACCAGAUCGUGUACUCUCCCAGAAGAUGCCCCUUCCCCCAGUCCACCCACGGCGAGCCCUCCCCAGGACCAGGGGGCCUGCCCUGCAAGUGCCGAUGAAAGCGGAGCCUGGACGAAUUUCAGGCUGCCAGACUUCAUCAUCCCGGUGCACUACGAUCUGGAGGUGAAGCCGGUAAUGGAGGAGGACACCUACACGGGCAAUGUGACCAUCGAAAUCAACGUCACCAAGGCCACCCGGCACCUGUGGCUGCACCUCCGGGACACCAGGAUCAGCCAGCUCCCGGUGCUGAGGCGGCCCUCAGGGACGCAGGUGGCAGUCCAGCGGUGCUUCGAGUACAAAAAGCAAGAGUAUGUGGUGGUGGAAGCACAGGAAGAGCUCACACCCAGCGGCACCGAGGGUCUCUACCGCUUGACCAUGAACUUCGCCGGCUGGCUGAAUGGCUCGCUCGUGGGGUUUUACAGAACGACCUACGUGGAGAAAGGACAAACCAAGAGCAUAGCGGCCACUGAUCAUGAACCCACGGAUGCCAGGAAGUCCUUCCCGUGUUUUGACGAGCCCAACAAAAAGGCAACAUAUACAAUAUCUAUCAUCCACACCAAAGACUAUAAGGCACUUUCAAAUAUGCCAGUGGAGAAAGAAGAGUCGGUGGAUGACAAAUGGACUAGAACAACUUUCCAGAAGUCCGUCCCCAUGAGCACUUACCUGGUGUGCUUUGCUGUGCAUCAGUUCGAUUCCGUGAAGAGAACAUCAAAGAGGGGAAUUCCUCUCACUGUAUAUGUCCAGCCAGAGCAAAAGCACACAGCUGAAUAUGCAGCAAACAUAACUAAAAGUGCGUUCGAUUAUUUUGAAGAAUACUUUGCUAUGGAUUAUGCUCUUCCUAAAUUAGAUAAAAUCGCUAUUCCAGACUUUGGCACUGGGGCCAUGGAGAACUGGGGACUCAUCACGUACAGAGAAACAAACUUGCUUUAUGAUCCCCAGGAGUCGGCCUCAUCAAACAAGCAGAGGGUGGCCAGUGUGGUUGCCCAUGAACUUGUGCAUCAGUGGUUUGGGAAUACUGUGACCAUGGAAUGGUGGGAAGACUUGUGGCUGAAUGAAGGCUUUGCCUCUUUCUUUGAGUUUCUGGGAGUAAACCAUGCAGAAGGAGAUUGGCAAAUGCGGGACCAGAUAUUACUUGAAGAUGUGCUGCCUGUACAAGAGGAUGACUCUUUGAUGUCUUCACACCCCAUUGUGGUCACCGUGUCAAAUCCUGAUGAAAUAACAUCUGCUUUUGAUGGGAUAUCCUACAGCAAGGGAGCUUCCAUUCUGAGAAUGCUUGAAGACUGGAUAUCACCGGAGAACUUUCAAAAAGGAUGUCAGGCUUAUUUGGCAAAAUACAAAUUUAAGAACGCAAAGACUUCAGAUUUUUGGAGAGCACUUGAAGAGGCAAGUAAUCUACCAGUGAAAGAAGUAAUGGACACCUGGACCCAACAGAUGGGUUAUCCUGUACUUAAUGUGGAAAAUAAGACAGCCAUCAUACAGAAACGCUUUCUACUGGACGCAAGAGCUAAUCUUUCUCAGCCACCUUCAAAUCUUGGAUACACAUGGAAUAUUCCAGUUAAAUGGACUGAAGAUAAUGUGUCGCGUAUUACAUUCUACAAUAGAUCAGAAACAAGAGGAAUCACUUUGAACCCUUCUUAUACAAGUGGAAAUGGUUUUCUCAAAAUAAACCCAGAUCACAUUGGGUUUUAUCGUGUAAAUUAUGAAGUACCAACUUGGGACCUGAUAGCUACCAGUCUUAACACCAACCCCAAGAACUUUUCCUCCGCUGAUCGUGCAAGUCUUAUUGAUGAUGCUUUUGCCUUGGCAAGAGCUCAACUUCUGGAUUAUAAGGUGGCUCUGAACUUGACCAAGUAUCUCAAAAAGGAAGAGGAUUUUUUACCAUGGCAGAGAGCCAUUUCAGCUGUAACCUAUAUUAUUAGCAUGUUUGAAGAUGAUAAAGAGCUAUACCCUAUGAUUGAGGAAUACUUCCGAGAUCAAGUAAAGCCAGUUGCAGAUGUUCUGACAUGGAAUGAUACUGGAGACCACCUCACAAGGUUGCUCCGUGCUUCUGUGCUGGGGCUCGCCUGCAAGUUGGGAGACAAAAAAGCCUUGGACAGUGCUUCCCAGUUAUUUCAGCAGUGGCUCACUGGGACUGUAAGGAUUCCUGUAAAUCUCAGGCUUCUGGUGUAUCGGUAUGGAAUGCAGAACUCUGGCAAUGAGACUUCAUGGAACUACACUCUUGAUCAGUACCAGAAGAGUUCAUUAGCUCAAGAAAAAGAAAAACUGCUGUAUGCAUUAGCAUCCGUGAGGAACAUUACUCUGUUGUCAAGGUAUUUGGAUUUGCUCAAGGACUCAAACGUCAUUAAAUCUCAGGAUGUGUUUACAGUCAUCCGAUAUAUCUCAUAUAACAGCUAUGGGAAGAACAUGGCCUGGAACUGGAUACAGAACAACUGGGAAUAUCUAGUCAACAGGUACACACUCAAUGACAGAUACCUUGGCCGGAUUGUCACAAUAGCAGAGCCGUUCAACACUGAACUACAGCUCUGGGAGGUGGAGAGUUUUUUCAAAAAAUAUCCAGAAGCUGGAGCAGGAGAAAAAUCUAGGGAGCAAGUGCUGGAAACAGUGAAAAACAAUAUUGAAUGGGUAAAACAAAAUAGAAAGAGUAUAGCAGAAUGGUUUGGGGAUUUACCUAGGAAUGGUUCAAAUAUUGUAUUGUAAUUUUGUGAAUCUGUUGUUUCUACUAUUAAGCAUUUAGUGACCUGAUAUUCAAGCACUGUGGGGGGAUCCUUAUACACAGAUUCUGCUUUUUCUGAGUAUUAUUUUUUUAUGUUUUGCAAAGCUUUAAAAUUGUUUAUGAAAGAAGAUACAAAAAAGGAGUUAAUGUACUCAGGGAUUUCUUCUAAGUGUACUUCAUAGGAGAUUCUUUUCAAAGUGAAGAGAAUGUAAUAGCCAUUUAAAUGUCUUUAAAAAUCAUUCUUUGUAUCUCAAAUCUGUGAAAAUAGAACAAUUUGGUCUUAGCUUUACAUUUUCAGUACCAAAGAAACACCACUAAUCUUUUCUCUUGAUUGAUUUUUAAAGUUGAAUACCGGUACUUGAGGGACCAAUAUUACAUCUUAAUCUUUAUUUUAUUAUUCAGAAUUAUACAGAUCUAAUACCAUUUUAUUCACAUAUGUCUUAUUCCUUUAAAUCCUACCAAAGUAACUGAGCUUAAAUUUUACUCAAGGAUUGCAUGAAUUAGCCAAAGAAAUGGCUGACUGUUGCCUUUGCUCUUAUAACAUCAACAAGAGAACUCUCCUCUCCUUUUAAAAAUAAAUCUGAAUGAUUACUUU